UUUGUGUUUACGUGUUAUGUCAAUCGUGCUCACCGGUUCCUCUUGUUCCUCGCAGAAUUUGCAAUAAUUAAAAAAAAGUGUUUUAUUGUUUGCAAAUCCGAUAAUUUGUUCACGGAAUGUGCAUUUGAAAAACUCAAACCAAAAAUGCUAAAACUUCGUCACAUGCUCCGGAGGACAUUCUCCUCCGCCCUGUACAUCACGGGGGACAAAGCCAAGGAACAGUACGCUCCACUCGUGCCCUAUCUGGACUUCAAAUCAAAACUGGCUGACCUGGAAGAUCUCCGUCGAAAUCUACGCGCGCGCCGUUACCAGUUGGACUUUGAAGCCCUGGUCAACCAGUGGAACCUGUACCGUUCGGUGGAACUCCGCAAACGGGAUAUCGAGAGUCGGCGGCUGGAGCUGCGGAACCAGAUCGGGAAAUUGAAAGAAGGUGAUGAGGUUCAGCAGCUGAAGGUGGAAGCCGCCAUGGCACGGGACGAUUUGAAGAAUUUGAAGGAGAGUGGGUACGCGAUAGCGGAUGCGUUUGUCGCAGGACAGUUCUUGGGGAUUCCGAAUGAGUUGCACGAGCUUACUCCGGAGGGUGAGCAUGGGGAAGUUCUGUUCGAGCGAACUGUUCAGCGGGAUGACGUUGAGACGGUUGGUGAGGAUUUUAUUGAAGAAUACGACUCGACCUGCUACUACAUGACGCAGGACGCCGCCCUGAUGGACCUGUUUCUUCCGAUGAACUGCGCUGAGUUGUUCCAGGACGCUGGUUAUGUUCUGUUUUCCAACCCGGACUUUGUGCGCACUGUGCUGGUGGAGGCGGCCCGCGAAGAUCCCAACUCAAUCUAUUUGGUGAACGAAGAGGUCGAAAUCGAAAAUAAGCUCAAUCUGUUACAUCUCUGCGGAGGAGGUUCCAUGCUGAGCUUCCUGGGAUAUCUGACGAAGUUGUCCGUAUUCCCAACGGCACUUCCGCUGCGACUGGUUGCACCCGGUAAGCAGUACUUCUACGAGAAGAUACAAACAAAUGCGGUUCAGACAAUGGCCGCCACGCGGGAAGCGCCAGAAGCGAUCGAAAUAUUCGACGAAACAAUCGAGUUGUACAAACGGUUUUACGAUCAGUUCCAAAUGAGCUAUCGUCUAGUCAGAGUUCCAGCACAUCUACUCGCUCCAGCUCAAGCUAUGCGCGUGGACGUUCAAGUCUACAGUCCAAAGGAGCGAGAUUUCGUCAAGAUAGCAGACGUUGCGUACUACUCGGACUUUAUCAGCAAAAGGAUUGCAUUCAACUAUCACGAAGGAAAGACGCAGAAGUUUCCGCACAUGGUUUCGGGUUGUGGGUUGCGAGCGAUCGACCUGAUAAAGAUUCUUCUUCAGCAUGGCGUUCGCUUUAAGGAUCUUGGCUUUCUCAACUUGUAAAAAAAUCGGGGUAGAAUAAAAGUCUGUUUUCGUUAGUCUACAAAA